AGCGACCACUGCGUCGUCGCAGUAGAGGGGUGAAAAAGGAUUGUGCAUCGUUGGGUUAGUUCGUUCUUCGUACCUGCCGAUUCGUGUUUCGUGUUUCAUUGCGCGUGAGACUCGUGCGAUCCUCGAGCGAGGCUCAUCAUAAUGGCUGCGACCUGACUCGUGGUGAUGUACAUGCGAGCUACCGUGUUCGCGUUACGCGAAGCAGACGAGCGGCAUAAAAGGUGGAAAUAAGAGAGAUACAAGGAACGGGAAGCGAGACACGACAAACGUUUGGGGUUACGCGAUUUCUGUGUGUGUCGUGAAUGCGUGUGGGUGGGCGAGGCGUGUUGAGCUCAUAAUAAGAGUGCCGAGGACGACGGAGUCGAGAAUGAGCGAGGAUCGGAGCGACGAGGAUCCCCUGAUGGAUCUCUGGUACAGCAAUUGGGAGCAACAGUGCGUCGAGGCGUUAGAAACAGAACCGAAUUACGAAAUGCAACUGCACAACGAAAAGGAACUUUAUUCCCAGCAGAUGUGGACGAGUUUUCAAACGACAGCGUCGGCCAUCGCCCAGCUGUACAAAGAUCGUACGCACGGCGUCUCUGUAUGGGUACCCUUCCAGACUGCCGCAGGUACCGUCACAUCGUUGUACAAAGAUUCAAUGGACAGCAUGCGCAGAUGCAGUGAAUUAGCUAUAGAAAUGGGUCGACAAAAACGUAGUAAAGAAAUAAUGAAUUGGGCUAGAAAAAAGAGACGUAUGAUUCGUAGAGAAGACCUAUUAGCAUAUCUUGCUGGAAAACCACCUCCACCUAGACCACAUUCACACAGAAGUUCACCUAAACCAAGGAUGAUGGUGUGUGGUUCGUCUCCAUCAGAAACUUCAGCACCAAACAUGGUUGUUGCACCAACACCGAUACCUGGUAAUAAUCAGGAUCCUGAAUUACACACAUUUAGAGAAGCAAUUGCAUUAUCUGGUUCACCAAUAUCUCGGCGUACUGGGAGACAAGCCGAAUUGUCGGCCUUUAUUAGUAGCGAAUUCGCUCGACAUCAUAAACGGCCUGCUUCGCAUGACGUGGAUAUGGGUUCUCCCACGCACAAACGUUCGCGUUUCAUGUAACGGCGCGCGAUGUGUAAAGUAACCUCACUCCCUUGUUCCCCAAUAAUUAAUCAACUGAUAAAUUAAUUAUUAACGGUUCAACUCCCCUACAUAGUUCCCGGCUAAACAUAAUCACUUCAAGAAGGUGGCAAUGACUUGAAUUGCCAUAUAUAAAACACGUUCGUAUAUUUCUAAUAUAUAUAAUCUCUCCAAUUUCAUUAUUAUUAUUCUUUAUUACGCAGUUUUGGUUGAUAUUGAUUAGAACAAAUAAUUUAAUUGCAAGGAAAUAGUUUAUUAAAAUUAUUGUAUAAUUUCUUGGGGGAAAUUUUUUUUCGUUAAUUGACCAGUUUUAAUGUUUUUGUAUUAAAAAUUGUUAUUCUUAUUAGAAUUUAUUUUGAAAUUAUUUAUUUAUUUAUAUAAGUGGUGAAAUGAUAUUAACGUGUUAUAAUAUACCACUCAAAGUGCCCAUAUAGAGUGAAUGUCGUCAUUGUUUCUUGUGCAGAAAAUCUGUAUGUGAUCAUUAGUUUAUCACUCUAUAAACUAAGAAUAUAAACCUUGCCAAAUGUACUAUGAGAUGUUAAAUGCUGCAACUAACAUGCUUUACACAUAAUUGAUGUGUAUAUUGAAAAAAUUAGCAGCUAAUAUUUCGUGAUACUUUUUAGUCAUUUCAUAGUAUAUUGUAAUUUGUUCAAGAGGGAUGUUUGACAAGUGAUGAAUUGGUGAUUUAAUAUUUUAUAACUAUAUUAUUGUCUACGAUUGUAAUUUUAUGGGAAGAAAAGGGAACGGGGAGAGUAUGUAUCUUUUACAAUCCAAAGGAUCGCUUAGCCCUUUGAUUAUAAUAUUGUUAUAAUUAUUAAAUGAUCAUAAGUAAUUCAUAUUUCGACGCUUUUGUCAAUAAACAGAUCACAUUUUAUAUCAUUUUUAUUGGCAGUAAAAGAGAAAUAAGCGAUAAAAAGAGAAAGAAUAAGAACAAGCAAAAGCAAUGAGAUAAACAUGAUAAAAUCGUUUCUGUAAUUCUGUAAUUCUGUAAUUUAGAUACAAACAAGGGAUCUACAUUUUCUGUUGUAUGAUUUAUGUUGUAGAACAAUCAAAAUUAUUUUUUGGAUAAUAUAUUUAAUUGUUUCUGCAAUUCUUUUGUCUGUAUGUUGUGUGUAUAUCUGCUAUGCGCGAUCCCUUGGAAGCAAUCGAAAAAUGUUUGCUGCCAUGUUUUACGCGUCAUGACAUCCACGCCAAAAUUUUAAAUAAUGUGAGAUCGAGCUUGGAAACAAGGUUCAAUUCAAGACGUUGAAAAACGAAUAUUCACGUCUUAUUCUUUCCAUAUGUGUCGCGGGUGCUCAUAAUUGUGUAACUAAUGGAUAAAAAUUCUUAAAUAAACUUUGUGUAGUUAUAAAUCUUAAACAAGUUAGUGUAAGCAAUGCUAUAUCAAACAGAAUCGAUGGAUAAACAUGACGGAUCGGUGGGAAAGAUCUAUACGAAGUUUCUUCCAAUAUCUUUGUAUCCAUUGUCAAUUGGAUGAUGUCAGUGAUGAAAGAUCGUUAUAACAUAAAAAUUGAUUUUUAUUUUUUAGCGUAUACGUUACAAGCAAAGGGUUGAGCAGUGUUUUAAUGAAGAUGUGUCUUAGGCAAAAUCUUGUCAAAAAGACAAUGCAAUGUAAAAGAGUCUACUUUUCCAUAAUUCCUAGUAUGGAUUUAAUCAAUAAACGAGCUUUUCAUCUUAUGCAUUGUUGGGGAGACACGGGCAGCUCUUUGCUAUAUAUGCAUAUAACACAUAUGCAUGUAUAUUGUAUACAGGAUGUCUCAACUAAAUGUAGAUAUUAGGUGAUUCAUUUAGUUGACACAUCCUAUGUAUAUAUAUAUAUAUGUAUAUAUAUAUAUAUGUGCAUAUCCUAUAAGGAUUAUGUUCAAAGACUUGCAAUAGAAUGAUUUAUUACUCGGUUCUUAAGGUCAUUGUAAAUGUAUAUUAUUUCUAGCCUUGUGCCUCUCGAUUGCUUCUAUUUGAAUUUUGAAGGUCAUAGAUUAUAGGAAAUUCGAAGAUAUUUUACUCGAACUGCCGAUAAAUUUAUUUAAGAAAAAAUUCAUUUUUCCUAUUCGCGUUUCGAAUUUCCUUUCAUUCGUUCUUCAAAAAUCACUUAGAAGCAAAACUCGUUUCUGUCUGUUUCCUUCUCCUCGACAUUGUUUGAUCACCGUUCCGCAAGCAAGCGAAAAAAUUGUUGUUGAGUUGUAAAUAUAGCGUACGUUUAUAAUGAUAACAAUAAACAAUAGCCUUAGGGGUAUUGCUAAUAUCACCAUUAUUAAUAUCAAGAACUAUGCGAUAGCUUUAAUAAUAUUUAUCAUAUGAUCGGCAGUUAAUAAAACUCGAAGGACUCCACUUGACUCCACUUUUCUGACCAGUUUGGUUACGCGGGGUCACGUUUUUAAAAGUUCUGAAAGUUUCACUCAAACAAAAUAUAUGAUACAAUACAAUAUCGAGGAGUAUCUUUGUACAAAUGUUGUUGUAUUAUUUAAAUGUUUUUAAGUUUUUCGUACGCUCCAAUUUCUUAACAAAUUUCCGUACAAAGAUAACUCUGAUUAAACAUAUAUAUAGAAGAAAGUAACACGCUGAAGAUGCCAUAUUUAGGAAUAUUUUAUUAAUAAGAAGAUAAUAGUUAAUGAUGGAACAUCGAGUUUUGUACAGGCACUGUCAUUUUUAUUCUUGUUUUCUUAUUCAAAGAGACAUUUCUGAGAGACAUUUAUAUUCAAGAACUUUGUUUGGCCGUAAUGUAAUUUAAUAACGUGUUACUUAUUUAAUUGUUUGCAUGAUAUAAUUGGCAUUUUGCUAUCUUGCAUAAUGCAAGACUAACUUGUGAAAUGAAUUUUGAGAAACAAACUGAGUUUUUCCCCGAGUUAUAUAUAUGAAGCUUUCCCUUUCUCUAGGGAGGUAAUCUUGUUAUUAAUCUGUGUUGUAUUUUAUACUGAAACAAUAUUUUAUUUUUUAUUUGUACAGCCCAGGCAACAUAUUGUGCACAGUUUAAAAAGAAAAUAAAUGGUUUUAUUAAAAUUUCUUAUUAUUUAUAAAUAAAAAUACUAUAAAAAAGGUCAUAUUUUUGAGUAAAUGUUUUAACAUCGUAAAUGAAUAAGAAACAAUGUGAAUAGCAUAUCGUUUAUAAAGAAAUUAAAUUUUACGUUCUAAGUAAUCUUUUUGUGAAUCGGUGACUUCCGUCUUUCUUUAAUGAAAUUUGUAAUUCAUACUUGCUGCCAAAAAGAAAUUUCCAAUGAAAUUGCCAUUAUGCAAAACCGACUGUUGUGUAUAGAAAUAGAAGACAUAGCUUAUAGGGCUCUGAAAUUAAUCGAUUAAUAGUAAAAAUAAAUUAAUUCGUUUUUAUAUUAAUAAAUUGAUAGUUGUCUAGAAUAAUUGGACAAGUUAAACAUCAAUAUUUAUUAUUCAUUAAUCGAUUAAUCGUGCAGCCUUGAUAGGUGAGAUCGCGAGGAAUCACUUCUGUAUCAUAUCUUUUUCACAGUAAUAAUAGUUCGUACGCUAAUCAUACAGGUGCGUAGAAAUGCGUACGUGUCACAAACACAGGGCACCAAGAAAUUUUCUACGAGCCAUUUUUUUUAUUCUGAUGCACAUUAAUCGCAACGUGAUAUACUUUUAUGUCAACAAAUGUACCAUCACAUUCUAUUUGCACGAACACGGAAAAGCCGUAAGACAACACGAAAAUGCGUGUUUACGGUGAGGCGACAAAUGGUGCUGUUAUUUUUUGCGGAUAUAAGAAGCUUGUAUAUUUUUGCGUCUCUUAUUUGUAAGAUAAUUAUUUACAAAUAAAAUUACAAAGAAAAAUA